AUGGAUCAAAUCGAGAUCAUAACCAGCUGGGACGCUGACUCAAGUGACAACACUGACGAGUGCAAGACACCGACCGCUAUCUCCUACGGUCAGGGAAAUGAGGUGACCUGGGGUUAUGCUAUUGAGCCGGAGAAGGAACAGCUCAAAUGGGUUAAGCUUCUGCUCCUCAAGGACGAGGAUAUUCCUGAAGAGAUCAGGACUUCCGACAGGAUCAAGAAGGCCCGUGAAGGCAUGGUCAAGUAUGCCCAAUUUCACAUCGUAAUUACGCUUCCGGCCAUUUGGCCGAGCUACGGACGCGAGAAAAUGAGACUUGCGGCCGAGCAUGCUGGUAUGCUGGACAAAAAGAUGGGGGUUGAGACACAGCUCACCUUCAUCUCUGAGCCCGAGGCAGCUGCCAUAGCCACCCUUGCGGACAUAGAAGGACGGUUCGAUAACGGGGAUACAUUCAUGGUGGUCGACUGCGGUGGCGGAACGGUUGAUCUCAUUUCUUACAAACUGAUUCAGGCCAAACCCAUCAUCGUCAAGGAGUGCGUGAAAGGAAGUGGUGGAUUGUGCGACGCCGUGUUCCUUGACGAAUCAUUCACGGAUGUCCUCAAGAGCAAAUUUGACAAGAAGUGGGAGAGAACGGAUGGGUCAAGUCGGCGCGACAUGCUCCACACCCAGUGGGAGACUGGGAUUAAGCGGAACUUCAAGAAGGGCUCCGGAAAAUUCUACAACAUUCGCAUCCCAUGGGAAUGCAUGUUGGUCAAAGAUCGACGUGGGAUGGAAACAUCCCCUCCCACAGUCACGAUUACCCCAGAAGACGUCAAGGGAGCGUUUGAUCCGGUCAUUGAGAAGAUCAACAAUCUUAUUGAUGGUCAAAUCAACGCCGUCAAAGAGAAGGAGGGAGUCAGCCCAAAGUACGUCAUCUUGGUCGGCGGGUUUGGCUGGUGCAACUAUUUGUUCUAUAGAGUGGAAGAGAGAUUCGGCAAGGAGGUUGAGAUCCUCCAGGCAAAGGGAGCAAAGCCGUAA